AUGAGAAAAGGGCUGGGUUUGCUUAGAAAAGGAAUUAGCAAAAGCGGAAAUGAAAGUAUAGCAAGAAUUGACGAUUUAGAAAAUCAUUGUCACCAUGAUGAAGCUUUAAUUGAAUCGAAUAAUACACAGAGCAAGAAAGUCAUUUUGAGAUCUCCAAAAGCAACUACUAAAAUCAAAAAAGAUGAAAGGAGUUUAACCAAAGUGAAGCCUGAAGCCUCUGCAAGUAUACUAUCAAAAAUAACAGCAAGAGUUCCAAAAGCUAUAAAUUAUUGCCUAAGCUAUUUAAGGCACAGAAAAUCUAAUAAUGGACUAGCUGUAAAUUCAUAA